AUUGUCAAUUUGACGAAUAAAGUGGUUUGUUGGUGAUAUAGUGGCACGUGUUUAUUUUAAAAAGAGAUUUUAAAUACGUUUUAUAAAUAAUAAUGGGUAAAGGACGGAAACAUAAACCAAAAAAAAAUUUUGCUGAGAAACGCCGUGAAAAACAACAAAAGAAAAAUGAAUGGGAUAAUACACCACACAGAAGUUAUGCUGAUAUAAUCAGGGAAAAUAAGGAUUUUGAAAAUUAUUAUAAAACACAAAAUAUAAUCCCUGAAGAGAAAUGGGAUGAAUUUAUUACUACGAUGAGGAAAAAUCUUCCUGUAGCAUUUCGUAUUACUGGUUCGAAAUCCGAGGCAAAAGUUUUAUUAGACAUUAUAAAGAGUGACUUUUUUAAAGAAAUUUUAAAUACUAAUUUAGAAGAUGGCGAAGAAAAUACUGACAAGAAAACAAUAUUACAUUGUUUACCAUUCUAUCCAGAAGAAUUAGCAUGGCAGUUACAAUUAACAAGAAAAGAUAUUCGUAGAUCUGAAGCAUAUUUCAGGUUACAUAAUUUUUUAAUUGCAGAGACAAAUAGUGGUAGUAUUAGUAGACAAGAAGUAGUUAGUAUGGUACCACCUUUAGUUUUGGAUGUAAAACCUGGACAUAAGGUGCUAGACAUGUGUGCUGCACCAGGAUCAAAAACAGCACAAUUGAUAGAAAUGAUACACGCUAAUGAGGGUAAUAUACCACCAGAAGGUUUUGUGAUAGCGAAUGAUCUUGAUAAUAAUCGUUGUUAUAUGCUUGUACAUCAAGCUAAAAGAUUGAAUAGUCCUAAUAUUCUCAUUACGAAUCAUGAUUCAUCGAUCAUGCCAAACUUUAGUGUAACUCAGCCAGAUGGUACUAAAGACACUUUGAAAUUUGAUAGAAUACUUGCUGAUGUACCAUGUAGCGGUGAUGGUACAAUGAGAAAGAAUCCAGAUAUUUGGUGUAAGUGGAAUGCAGCAAAUGGUGAUAAUCUUCAUGGAAUUCAAUAUAGAAUAGCAAAGAGAGGAUUAGAAUUAUUAGCAGUUGGAGGUAGGAUGGUAUACUCUACAUGUUCAUUAAAUCCUGUUGAGAAUGAAGCAGUUCUUCACAGAGUUCUUAUUGAAACACAAGACUCUGUUCAACUAGUGGAUUGUAGAGAUUUAGUACCAGGAUUAAUAUGUGAUCCUGGUGUAACACAUUGGUUACCGGCUUCUAAAAAUUUACAAUAUUAUAAUUCAUGGGAGGAUGUACCUCAGCAGUGGCAAACGCAGAUCCGACCGAAAAUGUUUCCACCAAGUAAAGAAGAUAGUUCAAAAUUUCAUCUUGAACGUUGUAUGAGAAUAUUACCACAUCAUCAAGAUACAGGAGGCUUUUUUGUUGCUGUACUUGAAAAAGUAAAACCUUUACCAUGGGAAAAUGAAUCAAGUGUAUUUAAUCAGAACAUAGAGAAUACAAACAUUGAUAAUAAAAAGGAUGAACUGAGUCUUGAAGAGGAAGCAGAACACGAGGAAACAGAAAAUAAUUCAGGUGAUAAAAAAAGAUCAUUGGAAGGUGAAAAGAAAUGGCAAGAACCUCAAAGAAAACGUAAAAGAGUUGUUGGAUAUAGAGAAGAUCCGUUUGUUUUCUUUAAAGAUGAUAAAGAAGAUGUAUGGUUAUCAAUUAAAGAAUUUUAUGACAUAUCUGAUGAUUUGGAUCCACGAUGUUUAUUAGUCAGAUGUCACGAAGGAAAAAAGAAAAACAUUUAUUUCACGUCACCGGCAAUCCGUGAUAUUGUUAUAUCGAAUGAAAAUAAAGUCAAAAUGAUUAAUACAGGUGUUAAAACAUUUGUACGUUGCGAUAAUAAAAACAUGAAAUGUGCCUUCAGACUUGCCCAGGAAGGAAUGCAAAGUAUUUUUCACUAUAUUGGCAAAAGCAGAAAGCUUAAAGUAAUGAAAGAAGAUUUAAUCAUGCUUUUGCAAAACAAUGAACCGCGUACACCACCUGAAAUUAUCAAAUUAAGUCCAGUCACUCAAGAACUUCUUAAAGACUUUGCAACUGGUAGUUGUAUACUUUUAUACGAAGAAGAAAAAACUGAUAAGCUGUAUCCAUUAAAAUUACAGUUAGUAGGUUGGAGAGGUACUAUGUCCCUUAGAGCUUAUGUGCCUAUUCAUGAUGCGAUUCAUUAUUUACGUUUAUUAGGAGCUGACUGUUCAAUGUUUGAAAAAAAUAAAUUCAAAGAAAACCGCACUUUGUUAACAGACGAAAUUAAUAAUGAAGAAUCGGUAAGUGAGGAAACCGUUACUGAAGAAAAAAUUAGUGAAAAUGGUGAUUCUUUAUAAAAAAAAAUUCAAAUAAUUUUUAUUACUAGCAGUUAUUCCGCGUAAUUGUUAGUAAUAAUUUUAUACCAACUUAAUGUUCCUUAGAGCAGUGGAUGUUCGUUCUUUACCACAUAUGCAUAUAUAUUUGUUAUAUACAAAUAAAAUACCUAUAUAUGUAUACUUUACUAUAAACUUUAUACAAGUUUUACAUUAUUAAAAUAGAAAUAAACACAUAAAGGAAUGUCAAAUAAUAUAGAUUCAUAAAAAAAAAAAAUUGGAUAAAAGUCGAGACAUUUAUAAUAAUGGGAAAUGUAUUUACUAUCUAUGUUUUGAGAAAUAAUUACUUUUAUGAAAUUACAUAUCUUAUUUUAUGAUAUUUGAGCAAGAAAUACCCUUCUGAAUUAAUGUUUUUGAACUAUUAUUAUUAUUUGGUCAUGGACCUAGUAAGAUUUUGUUAUUAAAGGAUAUUGUACAAACAUGUUAUAAAUAUUGGCCGGAUAUAGAGGAAUCAUGAAUUCUGAGGUGGCUAAUGCCAUAACGAUUGAUAUUAUAUUGUUAGAUAAAUUCAAUCAUCUGGAGUAUUUAUCUUAUACUUGCAAAAAAUGUAAACUUGUCUAUACUUGACUAAUUUUUACCCUUUAAUUAUAUUAAAUAUCACCUUGUUCGUUUUCCAUCUUAUUUCAUAAUAGAAUUUUAGUUUUCAAAGAUUGAAGAUUAUGUCACGUGUAGUUAACGAUCUUUUUAAACUAAAUGUUUUUACUUACGAGAAAAGGACGGGUUUAGCUAGAAAACGAGUUAAAUAUAAGUAUAAAUAUAAAAAACGUUGGACAAGUUAUAACAAAUAUAUAUAAACUACGAUAAAAAAUAAACGAAAUUAUAAAAAUUUUCUACAAUUUGUUGGACUAUAACAAAUUUAAAUUGGAUGGCUAAUGCUAGUAAUCUUUUCCAGUCGGUGAAGUUAACUUUCCACCAAGAUUUUGUGUAUUAGAUGGUGAUCUGGAACCUAUAAAAUAGAAUAAUUUUAAUAAACAAUUUUACCAAUAGAUAUUUACAAAUAUUUAAUAUUAAAAUAAUUUUGUAAGUCUAGCUUACAAGAUUUUCCAAUUUUGUUUCGUGGAUUGUUUUUACAUGGUUGAUCUCCCAUUAAGUGUUCUCUCCAUUUAUUUUGAUUAACCAGUCCAUGACAGAGUGGACAAUGUUCAUGGCCUUCAAUAGGUUCUGAAAUAAAAAUUUGUUAUUUUAAUUUUAUCGUUUUGUUUUCGGAUGUUUUUUUAGACUUAGCCAUACUUGAGCAUGUCUUUUCUUUUCUAUGUUCAUCAAAAGAACAUUCAUAUACAGCUUGCUUACAAGUAUCGCAUUUUAUAUAAUUGCGCCUCAUAUCACAUUCAUCUAUGAAAAUAAAGAAAUAUAUAAAUAUCA